GGCUCUUGUCCAUAUCAGGCACCACCGGCAGAGACUAGAUGAGGCAAGACAACAUCAUGCGGUGCAUGUGCUCGUGUGUGCAGUGGUGGCAUGUGAAGCAGCGCGGUUAGAGAGUGACACAAGCAGAAACAAAAACAGCCCACAGGUGGGUGCACACUGCAAAAGAGAGUCAUCAUCGUGCAUGGAACUAUAAAUUACACUGCCUUGCCGCGCUAUAAUGCCAGCAACAGCAGGGAGCAUAAGUACAAAGAUAAGAGUGAAGAGUGAAUGAGACCAUGACACGAAGGUACAAUUGAUCGGAUCGGAAUCCGGAACAGAGUCAUCUGAUUGAUUUAAUCAGUGAUGGGAUCUGAUUGAUGCACGAAUUUAGGGUCUGGAGAAGCCUUGACAAGCAAGGCAACUAAAGCUACCGAGCAUGCUAAUCAUCAA